AUGGGUAACGACAUCGGAGUCCAAGAAAUAAUCGCAGAGCUUCCCAGCUCUGCAAGUUUACCUGUGAAACGAAUAUGGUAUCGUCGGGUUUUCUUCCAGGCGACUAUUGUGGGAUUUUGUGCAUUCCUUGCACCAGGCCUCUACAAUGCAAUGCAAUCAACAGGAGCUGGCGGAGCACAGACUCCGUAUCUUGUCAUGGGUGCGAAUGCAGUUCUCGGAGUUAUGAUGGUCAUCACUUGUUCGCUUGGAAGUGUGGUUGCCAACAGGAUCGGUUUGAAGAAUGCGUUAAUCUUUGGUACCACGGGCUAUUGUAUCUACGCUGCAGCUUUAUAUACCAAUAACCGAUACGGGACAGAGUGGUUUGUCUAUUUCGGAGCUGCCGCUUGCGGUAUUACUGCUGGCAUUUUCUGGGCCGCAGAAGGUGCCAUCAUGAUCAGCUACCCUGUUGACUCUCAAAGAGGUCGAUACUUGGCCUACUGGCUUGCAUACCGUAAUGGCGGUUCAAUUGUUGGUGGCAUCAUUAACCUCGCUUUCAAUUACACUGGAAAAGCGACUGGAAAGCUGGACUGGAGAACGUAUCUCGUUUUUGUUGCUCUUCAAUGUAUUACCCCUUUUGUGGCACUUCUCUUGUCACCGGCAGACAAGGUUCAACGAAGUGACGGAAAAGCUGUCGAAACCGCGGAAAGGAUCCAUACCUUGGAAGAACUGAAGGAAGUUGGCAAAAUUCUUUUCCGCAAGGAUUUCCUCCUAGUUGUUCCCUUUUUCUUCUACGCCACCUUCUUGUUGUCCUAUGCUGGAUCUUUCCUGUCCCUUUACUUCAGUGUCAGAUCGCGAGCAUUGGCUUCCCUUGUGUCUGCUCUGGCUCAGAUAGCGGCCAACAUCCUGUUCGGAAGCUUCCUUGAUUGGAAACGCUUCUCGUUGCGACAACGCGCUAUAAUUGCAUACGUCUUCAUGAUGGCGCUUUUUGGCGGUACCUGGGUCUGGGGAGCAGUUGUGCAGCAUGAGUACGGCCUCCAUAAACCAGCUUUGGAUUGGGAUGACGCUGGUUUUGGCCGCGGAUGGGCGUUAUACAUUAUCCUGCAGGUGAAUUUUGCCCUUGCCUACAAUUACGGGUACUGGCUCGCGGGUUACAUGGCAAGGGAUCCGGCCGAGAUCGUUCGCCUGACUUCGACCGUUCGUGCUGUAGAGGCAGCUGGUGGAGCUGUUGCAUCAGGAAUUAGCUCUACCAAAGCACCGUUACUUGCAGCGUUGGGUGUAAACUUUGGCCUCUGGGCUGUUGCAGUCAUCCCAACAUACUUCGUUGUUCGCACCGUCGGGACUGGGAAAGGCUUUGAGAACGCAGAAAGGGCCGAGUCAGAUGAAACUGAUAGCGCAAAGUGA